AUGGCUCAGUCAACUUCAGAUAAGCCUCUGUAUACUCUAGCCAACGGGCAGCCCAGUGAUAAUCCCGGCUCCGUUCGCCAGGUUCGCUAUGGCGAUACUAAUGGUGGUCUGGUUGUACUAGCGGAUGUUCAACUGGUCGAGGUGCUUGCACAUUUCGCACGCGAGCGUAUUCCCGAGCGGAGCGUCCACGCCAAGGCCGCAGGCGCCUUUGGCGAGUUCGAGGUUCUCGAUGAUGUGUCGGAUCUGACCGACGCCAAGUUCCUCAAUGGCAUUGGGAAAAAGACGAGAAUGCUCAUGCGCAUCUCGACCGUCGGCGGCGAAAAGGGCUCUGCCGACACGGUCCGCGAUGUCCGGGGCUGGUCGACCAAGCUCUACACCGAGGACGGCAUCCAGGACUUUGUCUUUAAUGAUUUGCCCGUCUUCUUCAUUCGCGACCCCAUCAAGUUCCCCUCCAUGAAUCGUAGCCACAAGCGGCACCCAAGGACCAAUAUUCCCGACAAUACCAUGUUUUGGGACUAUCAUGUCAAUAAUCCCGAAGGAAUCCAUGCAUUGAUGCAUCUCUUUGGGCAGCGUGGCAUUCCAGAAUCAUUGAGGCACAUUAAUGGUUUCAGUGUUCACACAUAUACACUGAACAAAUCUGAUGGCAGCUACGUCUACGUCAAGUGGCACUUCAAGCCCGAGGGAGGCAUCAAGACCAUGGACCAGGACACUGCCACACGUCUGGCCGGCUCCCAGCCAGAUUACCACGUCAAAGACUUGUUUGAUGCCAUUGAAAAGGGAGAUUAUCCCAAGUGGCUCGUGUACGUCCAGGUCAUGACUCCUGAAGAGGCAAAAGCGGCACCCAUCGACAUCUUUGACAAUACAUAUACCUGGCCACAUGAAAAGUACCCCCUUCGCCGCAUUGGCAGAUUGACCUUGGACAAGAAUCCCGACAAUUACUUCCAAGAUAUUGAGCAAGCAUGCUUCUCACCAUCAAACAUGGUGCCGGGCAUUGGCCCUUCCGCUGAUCCAGUCCUCCAGGCCAGAAUGUUUAGCUAUCCGGAUGCCCACAGAUACAGAGUCGGCCCCAAUUACUUCCAGCUCCCUCCCAACCGACCACACAGUCACGUGUACGCGCCAUACGUGCGAGACGGCCCCGGUACCAUGAAUGGCAACUAUGGAGGAGACCCCGACUAUGUCUUUUCCGAGCUCAAGCCCCUGGAGUACUCCAAGCGGGUCCGCAUGCCGACGCACGAGACGUGGUCCGGAAACGUCACUGCGUUCGCCACUAGCGUGACCGACAAGGACUUUGUCCAGGCGCGAGAGCUUUGGCACAUUAUUUGCAAGGAGCCCGACGGAAAGGAAAAGUUUCUUCACAACAUUGUGCCCACGUUGAAGGAUAUCCCCUCCAAGCUACAGCAACAAGUCAUUGGUGAGUCGUGCAUUUGA